UGUAAACCACAUUCAUGAUCUAGCCCUAGUUAUAAGAAAUACAGUCCCAUAAUUAUUCGGACCAUUUAUGUUUUGGUAAGGCUUUGUGCCUGUAACAGAAUUAUUCGAGAUUUAUACCUUAUUUGUCGCCUGUUUCGCACUUUCUUUGAUCUCCGGGAGUGAGUAGCAGAGGAAGGGCUCUGGCGGAGUAGAGAAACAGAGCCAUGGUUCACGUUUCCUUUUAUCGCAACUAUGGUAAGACUUUUAAGAAGCCUCGCCGUCCCUAUGAGAAGGAACGAUUGGAUGCUGAGUUGAAGCUUGUUGGAGAAUAUGGGCUUCGUAACAAGAGAGAGUUAUGGAGGGUUCAGUAUGUUCUGAGCCGCAUUCGUAAUGCAGCUCGUCAUCUUCUCACUCUUGAUGAGAAGAACCCUCGUCGUAUUUUUGAGGGUGAGGCUUUGCUUCGUAGGAUGAAUCGUUAUGGGCUUUUGGUUGAGGGUCAAAACAAGCUCGAUUAUGUCUUGGCUCUUACUGUUGAGAACUUCCUUGAGCGUCGCCUUCAAACACUUGUUUUCAAGUCUGGGAUGGCUAAGUCUAUCCACCAUGCUCGUGUUCUUAUCAGGCAAAGGCACAUUAGAGUCGGAAGGCAAGUGGUGAACAUACCAUCCUUCAUGGUUAGGCUUGACUCACAGAAGCACAUUGACUUCUCUCUUACAAGUCCAUUUGGUGGUGGUCGUCCUGGAAGAGUGAAGAGAAAGAAUCAGAAAGCUGCAGCAAAGAAGGCUGCUGGUGGAGAUGGAGAUGAGGAAGACGAAGAGUAAGCAAUACUCGAUAUGCAUAAGUGGUGCACACCAAAGCUCGACUUUUUUGUGUUGCUAAAUGCACAUUUUGUUCGAUGAAUGAUUUAAUUUGUGAUCCUUUAGUUUUAAUACUUUAACCUGUAGAAUUUGCUAAAAUUCGUCUGUUGGUUCUAUUAUACGGGAUCACACAUCAGUGUGGAUUAUAGCCAUUUAUGGGCAAUUAGAACAACAGAAUUUUGUUACUCCCUUUUCAUGGAUUAAGGAUUAUAGCCAUUCAUGGGCAAGUCUCAAAUGAAGUGAUCGUUACUGUAGCCUGUAGGCAUGCAUUCUGUGUUUUCUGGUGAAUUUUAGAUCGUUGUUUUGCUUAAUACGCAUACAAAACUGGAUGCAGUCUUGUGCUUCGACUAGUCCAGGACUCCAGGCCAACCCCAACAUUGCUGAAGAUGAAAAAUCUCCUUUGUAACUGCACGAUAUAAUGUAUUUAUAAAGUGGACUUUUUUCAUAUUGUUAAUGCAGCAUUCGGGAAUUAGCGUUUCAUUUCUAAAUGGGAUUUCAUACAAUUUCAUAUGUUUGGAAAUUCAAAGCUUUUAAAUUUGAAAUUGGGGC